AUGACAACAACAGACUUUACCCAACUCGAGUGUACAAUCGUGAUUCUCACUUACAAGAUCGCCAUUAUUCUCCUGGCCGCCGGUCUGGCCGUCGCUAUCGUCAUUAUUUUCAUUCUUGGCUUCCGUCUGAAGAAGAUGGCGAGGCUCUCGCCAAGCCGUAGUGAGCUUUGCCAGCCUCACACCUCGAUCAACUGCGCUCCUACGCCUGACAAGCCGGAAUCGACCCCCGCGUCCAGGGGAAGCACUCGAAUACGAUCAACGGCCAUGCAACCUCUGAUCUGGCAGGCCAAGAUUCCUCGGAUUCCUCACCAUCACGUCGACAUAUCAGCCUCAGAGUCCGGCACCCAAAGCGACGAGAUACCCGUAGCCACAACGCCGUCACUUCGGGAAAGCCGCCAUGGCUCGCUUCCGAAAUCCAGCUCAAGGCAAUCAUCGAUCGAAUCCUCGUCCUCCGGUUCUUCCCUAUCGUCUUCCGCCGAGUUGGAGCUCAUGCAGAAAAGCCGCUGGGCCCGGCGCCCCGAACCCCUCAGCCUUGACCUAUGGCCCGACUUCGACUCGGUGGGCAAGUACGUCACGGACGCCGAGGCAGAGGGGCGGGAUGUGACGAGGAGGUCUCUUACACCUUCUUUUACUAUGAGCACGACGCCUUCCGAGGGGCGUGUGGAUGAUGCCGGAAAGUCAGAAUCCAAGUCGCUUACAACACUAGCCGAGGUUUACCAGGCUAAAAGCUCAGACACAGCUAGGAAGACGACCACAAUUUGA